AUGACUCUGAAUUUAGAGUCUGUGACAUCGGAUGCUGCUGAUGCUGACUCUGCUGCUGCUGCUGUCACUGCCGCUGUCACUGGUCCUGUAACAUCUGUCACUCCUGUCACUCCUGUCACCCCUGUUAGGGCUGAUCUGCCCACCAAAGGCAGCACUGAUAUACAAUCAGACCCUGAAUCUGGUUUUAGUGCUGCUGCUGCUGCUGCUGCUGCUGCUGCUACUUCCGCUGCUGAUACUAACACUGGUGCUGAGGUUGACGCUGAAACUGAAGCUGGAGGUGACACUGGAACCGAUUCUAACCCCAAGUCGAAUGAUAAACUCAGUCCUAAAAUCAUUUCUGAAACCAAUGCUAAAUCGAAUGUAAACUCGAGUCUUCAGACCAGCUCACGAGCCACAUCCACAACUGACCCCAUUACCCCACUCCCACUCCCUGUCACAGAUCACCUCAACGGCGGUCAGAACGGUGAUGCAGGUCCUGCUGCUGUCAACCCCAACGGCGGUACCGCCAGCCAAACACCCGCUACUGCUGCUGCUGCUGCUGCAGAACUAAUAUCGGCCCAACUUCUCACCAACGAGGAUUUCAUUGCAUGCUACAACAUGGUCCGCAAGCUGCGAGGUCUGUACAUAGCGUCGGGCCUGGGCUGGAAUGCCAAGGACAAAAAAGCUGAAAUGAGAUACACCCCGGGCAUGCAAUUUCUCGUAAUACGCUCUCCUGCCACCUCAACCCCUAUCACCUCAAGUCCUGUCACCCCUAACACAGAUACGGCACCAGCUGUCACUGCAUUUGCCAGCUUUGUGCUCGACGACCACCUCAACGAAGACGGUACAGGCGACCGAGUUACCUACCUCUAUGAACUGCACGUCUCCCCCACGAACCAGGGCUCAGGCUAUGGCCGCCAACUCAUCAACGAAAUCCGGCGUCUCAGCACCCUCAAAACAGGCUCCCCACUACCCAUCGCCCUCACCGUCAUCAACGCUAACCACAAAGCCCGCGCCUUCUACCGCCAUCUCGGCUUCACACCCAUCGCCAACGACGACGAACCGCCAGCCAAACGGUCUCGAACGGGCUGGCACCAGCUCCGACUGGAGUAA